UUUUGAUUUCUAUAAAUUUAUAACCUCUCUGGCGGGGUAAUCCCGUAAAUUUAAAUCAAAAUUUAAUAUAUAUUUCCUUUCUAUAUGUCUAGACACAGAUAAUCUAAUAAUAGUCAUUAUUCUAGUCGUCACUUAUACAUUAUCGUAUUUGAAUUUUAUACUUAACCAAAAAUUCUAGAAAUAAUGUUCCGUAAGACCUUUUUGGUGUGUAAAUCGCAAUUUUGGAAGAAACAUUUAUUACCUAAUGUGUUGUGUAAUAAAACAUUGGUCAGAACACAUAAUUAUAUCGGUUUAACUUCCAGAAUUUACAAUACAAGUGAUUUACAACAUUUUAAAAGUAAUGAACGCAUUUGUUCACACCUAAAUUGUUUAUGUACAAAACAUAGAUACUACUCAAAUAUAUUAAGUGGAGAUGUAACAGAGCUACAGAAAUCUCAGUGUGAAAGAGAGUUAAAGAAAAUAGUAGAGCUGUUCCCACAACCGCGUGUGACACUUAACGAGCUGACCACAAAGACUCCACAGAAGAUCUUUGAAGUACAUUACAGACAGAUAUCCUCGGCGCCCAAGGGUCGGAGGAAGGCUGCCGUGAACAAUGAUUGGAUAUGUACAUACUCUUUCAUUUGGCCGGAGAAAAUGAAGUUUGAAUGUACAGCAAUAUCAAAACGUCAGGCAGCGGAAAAGGCUGCCAUACAAGCUCUACACUGGUUAUAUUAUAACAAAAGGAUAGAUAGUAAGGGCUCGCCCAUAUAUGAUGAAGUUGUUCUGAACGAGUUACGGACCAAACUUAACGAGUCGAUAGAGGUAUCGAUAAGUGACAGCUCCGUGGAACGGAUUGAAAGAAUAUGGAAGGAUUAUGAAGAGAGUAUAAAGGACGUAUAUGAAGCAACGUUUAAAAAUGCGAAGCAUUCGGUAGUAACGCCUGCCGUUUUAACUAGAGACUCAACAAUUGAUGAAGAUGAUUUCUCUGAAGACGACUUAAGAACAAGAGGUGGCAUUGAAGUGGCGGAUAUGUCAGAGAAAGUCCAAAUUCACCCAGUAUACGGGAAGAGUAUCACGCCACCCUCAGAGUCCACAUUAGCGCGAAGGGAACGAACCCUGCGACAGAAGUUCGAAGAGUACGAAGAAAUGCUGACUCCUCUUCCGAUUGAUGGAUAUGCAAAUCAGAUCACGGCUGCAAUAGAAAAGUCUCAGGUCACCGUGAUAGUGGGGGCGCCAGGGUGCGGCAAGUCUACCAGGGCGCCGGCCGCUGUGUUGAAGCACUGGGGGGCUGGUACUACGGCAAUAGUGUCGGAGCCGCGGAGGGUGGCCGCCAUAGGUCUGGCCGAGAGGGUGGCUAGCGAGCUUGGCGAAAAUGUGGGUGAAUCUAUCGGCUACCACGUCCGUCUCGACACGAAGCCACCGAGACCCCCUGGUGGGUCCAUCUUGUACUGCACGUCUGGAGUGCUCCUCAAGAGACUGCACGCUAAUCCAGGUUUGGAAGGCUGUUCCCACGUGUUCAUAGACGAGGCCCACGAGAGAGAUGUCAAUACGGACCUCACUCUCCUGCUGUUGAAGCGAGCCGUGAAAAUAAAUCCGCAUUUGAAGGUCAUCAUCAUGAGUGCCACUCUUGAUACUGAGGUGUUUACUAGAUAUUUCGACUCGUGUCCAGUAGUGGACGUGCCAGGGCGAACGUUUCCCGUAGAAGUAUUCCAUUUAGAGGAUAUACAGAAGAAAUUUGGCUUGAAACUGCAAAACAGCUUCGAGAACUGCAAGAAGGAAGAAGGAAAACCGAUGGUUAACUGCCAAGAGGUGGCAGAAGUAAUAAGAUCGGUCGACAAGACACAAGGUGAUGGAGCAAUACUAGUGUUUCUCCCCGGCUGGGCUGAGAUAAAGCUGACCAAACAGAUACUAGACGGGUAUUACGGACAGUCUAGUACCCAUAUGAUACUGCCUGUACAUUCCAGAUUAUCAACCACAGAUCAAACAAAGAUGUUCGCGAAACCGCCGCCAGGGAUCCGCAAGGUGGUGCUAGCUACCAACAUAGCGGAGACUUCGAUCACCAUACCGGAUGUGGUGUACGUGGUGGAUAGUGGGGCCCAUAAGGAGAAUAGGAUUCGGGAAGGCACGGGCACAGAAAGUUUAGAAACAGUGUGGGUGUCGAGAGCUAGCGCCAAGCAAAGGAGCGGCCGCGCGGGGAGGGUACAGUCUGGUUACUGCUACAGACUUUAUACCAAAGAAAAAGAGGCCGAGUUAGCUCUACACACCAUGCCCGAAAUACUACGAAUACCUUUAGAACAAACGGUGCUGGAUUGUAAGACGUACGCCCCAGAUGAUAAGGUCGAAGAUUUCCUCUCGCAACUGCCCGAACCUCCGAGCAAGAAGGCGAUUCAAUAUGCCGUCAGGGAUCUCGUUGAUUUAGGUGCCCUCACACCGUCCGAGCACGUGACCCGGCUGGGCAGUUUGCUGUCGAGCCUGAGCCUGCACCCAAGACUGGGCUGCAGCCUGCUGCACGCGGCGGUGGCGGGCUGCCUGGUGGCCGCCGCCAACAUUCUCACGCACUGCGCCGAAAACGUCGAGCUGUUCAGGAACGCCGCCGACAGGAGGGAAGAAAUCCGCGAAAUUAAAUCCAAGUUCAACCAAACGUCCGACCACGCAGUGCUACACAAUAUUCAAGACGAGUUCGAAUAUAAAGUGAUGGAAAAUGGAUGGAGGGGAGUGGACGAGUGGUGCGACAAGUAUGGCCUGAGGAAGGACAGAUUGAAAUAUGUCCAAUCGCUAUCAAACCUGCAUCUAGAGCAACUACUAAAAUCCGGUGUCGUAGGACCAAAUCCUGACCCAAACGAGUUGAGUCGUUUCUCGUACGUGGACGAAAUGUUGGUGGGCAUAAUAUUAUCAGGAACGAAUUCGCUGUUGACAACGAAAAAACAUGUACGAACUAAAGGAAAACUGAAAACUACUGUCAGUUUAUGUACCAGCAAAGGCGACCACGCCCACAUCAGUAGUGACAGCGUUAACUAUGGAAUAACCAAACGCACAAACAAACCUCAGCUGUUAGCUUACUUCGGUGGCUACCACUCUGUAGAGAGGCGAGCUUUGGUGGUACACAAAACAUCGUUGGUGACCCCGCAUACAGCGCUGUUGUUCUGCAAGGGAGAUUUGAAAAAGGAAUUGGUAAACAACAAAGAGGACGUGACUGUAGUCAGUUUACCGAGACACCAGCUGCAAGUCCACGUACCUACCAGUCAAGCUGACCAUAUCGUGAAGGCAAAGGAAAUGCUCUGGGCAACAUUUCAGUAUUACAUCGACAGGGAUCUUGGGAAUAUAGAAUAUGAAGAAACCGUAAACGUGUCUAGGUUUAAAGUCAGACUUAUCAAAGCCAUAGGAAGGUUAUUAAUCGAGGCCCAUAGAGAAUAUAUCGAAGGGAAGAAUAGAGAAGAGAGUAUAGAAGAAUUUAGUUAAAUUUAGAUUUACAAUUUAGAAAAAUAGUUUAAUAAUUGUACAGUUACACUAUAGUAGAGUACAUAAAGUAAUAGUACUACGAAGGGAAUAGGGUUCGAGUCCCGUUAAAUAGAGCUGUCGAAAGAUACAUUUUUCAAUAAACAUACCGAUGGAUAACUUAUUUUUAUAUGAAUAUAUGGUAUUUUUUUUUUUAUUUAUUUAUUCAUUAGUACAAAUAUGUGUACAUGGCGGACUUAAUGCUAAAAGCAUUCUCUCCCAGUCAACCAUAGGGAAGUGUCAGAAUACUUGAAUGCGGUACUAGUAAUUAUUGAUAUACAUACAUACUAAAAUUACAUAUAUAAACGAAUAAAUAUAUAUGAAUAACAAAUAUACUUACACAUAUAUGAUAUAUACUGUAUUAUACACGAAAUUGAGAAUAAUAUAAAGGUAUGAUAUAAUAUGACAAUUGAUCAAAAAUGCUCACGUUGUUUGUAUAUAUACUUACCUGUUAUUUAUUUAUUAUUGGAAAAUCAUCAUCAUCAAUCAUCAUCCAUUAAACAUACAUUUAUGUUAUUUAUGUAUACUUUAUUGACCACAUUGACAAUUGACAACAAAAAAUGUUUGAUACAAAGAGCGAACAUAUUAAAUUAUGGUUUAAAUUAUAUAUUUUACAAUAUAAUAAGAAACUUUCAUCAGAAAAAUCACAAUUUUGUUUUAAUUUCUUGUUUCUACUAUAUUAAGAAAUUGGACGACUAGAAUGUUUAUUACGUACACACAGCAAAUUUACUCUUUCAUUAUAGACAUUUACAAUCUAUUAUUGUCAAUUUAUUUUAAUAAUAUGGAGAAAUCAGUUCAGGGUACAAUAGGACUGAUAUACCUGAAGAAGGUAAAAGCCCUUAAAAUAUUAUAAAAAAAAAAAAAAAAAAAAAAAAACAGAGAUUUAGACAUAUUUAGGCACAUAUUUGAUUUAAAUUUCGUUUUUAUACUGUUUAAAGCGUUAUAACCGUUGGCAUGAGCGUCAUCCUCAUAAUCAGCCAUUAACUAUUGAACAUAAGUCUCCCUCUAUUGGGGGGUUUUGGCAGUAGUUGGCUUGGUGAUGUUUUAAGAAAGCCGCUGCUGCCCAUCCCUCGACUAUUAAGUUCCCUUAGUCGUCUCUUACGACACCUACAGGAAAGGAUGGGAUGGCCUAUUCUGUAGCCAGACCACACAGCAGUGUCUGAGCAUGCAAAAAAUUAUUUAUCGAUUCCAAUCUAUACCAUGACUAGAAUAUAGAAUGAUUAUAAUAAUACAUAACAAAACAAUCAGAAUAUGUAAUCUGUGAAUAUUUAAAAAAUAAAAUAAUGUCUAUUUAAAAAAA